UGUAUUGUCGUCACUUCUUCAGGUGGUUUCAGAGAAGGCUGUGUUGCUGCCAUCAGCUGUCAUUGGGAAGAACGUUGUUACAGAUUUCGGUGGAUCGAUAUUGCUACAUCCUUGCUGGGUACGAGACACCAGGAAUUGUCUGCUGUCUAACCUGGUACAAUGGACUACAGCGGCGAAGAAGAACACUGCAGAAAGCAUGUCACUGCUAUGUGGUUCAGGCAUGGUCUUCGUUUCCAUGACAACCCCACAUUGAUCAAAGCUCUCAAGACAACCAAAACGUUUUAUCCUAUCUUUAUAUUUGAUGGGAAAGUGGCUGGUACGUCCCUCAUUGCUUAUCCCCGGAUGACCUUCCUGUUGGAGUGUCUUCAUGACCUUGACCAGACCUGUAAGAAGUACGGCUCUCGGCUCUAUGUCUUUCAAGGUUCACCUGUUGAAGUGUUCUCCCAAAUAAAAAAGGACUGGGGUAUUACCCAGAUUGCAUUUGAACAGGAUACUGAGCCUAUUUGGUUUGAACGAGACAAGACUGUGAAAGAUUUCUGUGAGGAAAGCCACAUUGAAUAUGUUGAAGAGAUUGGCCAUACAUUAUGGGACCCGCGAGAAGUGAUUGAGCUGAACAAGGGCAGUCCCCCUGUGACCUAUGGCCUGUUCAACCAGGUGACAUCCAUCCUGGGACCCCCUCCCAGACCAGUUGCGGACCCAGAUUUCACUGGGAUCAACCUCCCUGUGACUCCAGACCAUGAUCAAUUCCGUAUCCCGACUGGGGAAGAACUAGGUGUGAAGAAGGAGAAUGAUGUCCUGGAGUGCCAGAAGCAGUACAUAGGAGGGGAGACACAGGCCUUGAAGCUCCUGGCAGGCAGAAUCCCUGUGGAGGAGAAGGCUUUCAAAAUGGGCUUCGUCAUGCCGAACCAGGCCCGGCCCAACAUCGUUGACCCACCUCUCAGCAUGAGUCCUCAUCUGCGGUACGGAUGCCUCUCGGUCCGUAAAUUCUUCUGGGAGAUACGAGAUGCUCAUUUCAGAGUGUGCCCCAAUAAGCCACUGCCAGAAGGUGCGACCUCCCAGCUGAUCUGGCGGGAGUAUUUCUACACCAUGUCCGUCAACAACAUCGCCUACGACACUAUGAAGGAGAACCCCAUCUGUCUGAACAUACCAUGGAAAAAAGACCCAGAGAUGUUCAAUACAUGGGAAAAGGGUAUGACUGGCUUUCCCUGGAUUGAUGCCUGUAUGAGGCAGCUGCGGAGUGAGGGCUGGAUCCACCACGUGUGCCGCCACGCCGUCGCCUGCUUCCUCACUAGAGGUGACCUGUGGAUCAGCUGGGAGGAAGGACUUCGGACAUUUUUGACCUAUCUCCUUGAUGCUGAUUGGUCAGUGUGUGCAGGAAACUGGAUGUGGGUAUCCAGCUCUGCAUUUGAACGUAUUCUGCAGUGCUCCAAGUGCUUUUGUCCAGUUGGUUACGGCCGCCGUAUUGACCCAUCAGGAGAAUUUGUCAGACGCUACAUCCCUGAGUUGAAGGACAUGCCCCUUGUGUUUCUGUACGAGCCGUGGAAGGCCCCUCUGGAAACUCAGCAGAAGGCCAACUGUGUGAUUGGGAAAGAUUACCCAAAGCCUAUGGUUGACCAUCGCAAGGUGUCCAAGGAGAACAAGGAAAUGAUGGAUGGAGUCAUGCAUUUCCUCAAGGACAAGAAAAUUUCUCAUUGUGCGCCAACCAACAUCGAGGAAGUCAAGUCGUUUGUCUGGGUCCCACAGCAUACUUUCUGUGAGAUGGAAACCGACCUGAAGAAGCUCUAAACCUCCUCAUCCACUACCUGCAGAUGACACAUUACAACCAACACAGAGGAAGUGAAAAUGUUUGUCUGGGUCCCAUAACAUACUUCCCGUGAGAUGAACACGACCACACGAAUCUUCAAACCUCCUCAUCCACUACCUGCAGACGACACAGUACAACAAACAAAGCAGUUUAAUUUUGGCUGAAAUAUUGCUGAAAGAGCCAUAAGCCCUUUCAUACUCACCGAUAAUGAUACUUUUAUGUCAGGUUUAAAAAUUCCAUGUAUUACAGUGCCAAUGGCAUGGUUGGAAUCAUGAUGGCACGUUUUAUGAUUUCACUACAAGCACACUUAAAAAUUUGUUUAUUGUUUAUUUGUUUAUCAUGCGAAGACAUUUAUUAAUGUACUUUCACACAAGUACACUGGACAAACACAUGGAAAUUGAUAAACAUAUGAACACGUUAAUGAACAGAAUGUCGAAUAAACUUCUCUCUCAAAAGUACUGUUGUCUCUCCUAACAGGUUUGUUGUCUCUCCCAACAGUUCUGAUUCUCUCCCAACAGUUCUGUUUCUCUCCCAACAGUUCUGUUGUCCCUCUGAACAGUUCUGUUGUCCCUCUGAACAGUUCUGUUGUCUCUCUCAACAGUUCUGUGCCUCUCAAAAGUUCUGUUGUCCCUCUCAAAAGUUCUGUUGUCUCUCUCAACAGUUCUUUUGUCCCUCUCAAAAGUUCUGUUGUCUCUCUCAACAGUUCUGUUGUCCCCUCUCAAAAGUUCUGUUGUCUCUCUCAAAAGUUCUGUUGUCUCUCUCAACAGUUCUGUUGUCCCUCUCAAAAGUUCUGUUGUCCCUCUCAACAGUUCUGUUGUCUCUCUCAACAGUUCUGUUGUCCCUUUCAAAAGUUCUGUUGUCCCUCUCAAAAGUUCUGUUGUCCCUCACAGCAGUUCUGUUGUCUCUCUCAACAGUUCUGUUGUCCCUCUCAAAAGUUCAGUUAUCUCUCAACAGUUAGGUUGUCUCUCAACAGUUUGGUUGUCUGUCCUAACAGUUCUGUU